AUGCACCUUCCCUGCGUCCUAAUCUUUUUCGCUGUUGCUACCCGUCCAGUGGGUGUUGGUGCACAUGUCACAGAUGACCAAUAUGAGGUCGUGAGGCACUUGAGGGUUCAAGAGCGCGCACACGGCAAAGACAAAGAUGAGAGGAUGAAUAACCUCAACUUGAGCGGAGAAGAGGAAAUAUCUACCUCAAACCUUCACAAUUUGGUGGAAAAGUAUAGAAUGGAGAUCCCAAACUUUGAUUUAUACAAGCCUUCUCCUACCGACAUUUUUUUGGAUAAACUGCUGAAGUUACAGGAAACAAACUCGAGACCUACAUACGCGUUCAACUUUGUUAUGGCUGGAUUUAAUGAAGAGGAGCUGUCCAUGAUAUUUAAAGAAGCGAACGAACGGUUUGCUGCGCAGAAACUAGACCCCCAGACAGUUUUCAAACUGUAUCAGCUUGACCUUGUAGGAGACACCCUUUUCAAACAGCCGCAGAUGGUCUACUGGGUCCAGUACAGGGACUUAUUUAUUAGAACCUACCCUGUAUCCACGGUGCCCAGAUCCUUGCUUUUCACACUGCUAAAGUACUUUGGUAAAAUCGAAUAUUUGGUGGUUGCUGUAACUAAGGCCCCAGAAGACAAAAACGCGUUGCGAGUGGAAGCCGAAAUUAGAAUAUUUUGGUUUGAACAUCAAAAUUAUACUCCAGAGCAUGCCUUCCUUUGGCUCCACCUUAACAAGUAUACCGACUACUAUCUUUUCCCCUUUUGGAUAAAGUACGUUACCUACUACAAUUCCAAAGUAUCUGACCAUUCCAAAGUAUCAAUGCUCUCGGUUAUGGAAAAAUAUUCACUGUCGUUGCUGACAGUGUUAGGCACUGUUGAAAAAACUGAUGCCACCUUGCAAUUAGAAAAUGAAGUGAAAAAUAUGCUGCUGCAUAAUUGGAGGCGAGAAAAAAGAGAUGGCGAGGAAGUGCUCCACGACGUGCGUACAGGACCGAAACCGAAUACGGUAUAUGGAAAAGCGCUAGAGCAAGCUACAAUUGCUUAUAUAAAGUCGCUUCCGGAGUGA